ACUCGGAUUUGUUGGUUGGAGAACGCGCCAAACUACGGCAGUCACUGUGUGCGCCUCGAUCUAGUAGGCAUCGCUGCCACCGAAAAACAAUUGCCGCUCUGGUGACGACGACGCGUAGCGCGCUACAACACGCUAUUUUGAAUUUUUUUGGAAGCCGAUUUUGACUUUUUUGCUGGUUUGUUUGUGUUUUUAGAUUUUGUGGUGAGGUGAAAGUGGAAGACCGAAGGAUUACUUGAAAACUGCUUUUUAAAAGGUUCCUAAUCGUGCAGUUAUCAUGAAGUUUCCGUUACCACGAAAUAAUCUCCAAACGGAGGAAAUGACAUCAAAAUAAUUUCCACAAAAAACUGGCGAUCAAACCAGCGACUUUAUCAAAAACAAACAGCAAGAAAUAAAAAUAAAUCCAGGUCAACUCAGUGAAAAUAUCAAAAUUUAAUCUAACCGUCUCCAAAAAACAGUUGACAGUCAUUUAUUAUUAUGUGUUCAGUGCAGUUGUAAUUCCGAGUGUGCUGUGUUAUUUAGUGGUGAUACAUUUAAAAGCAAUAAUCCAGAACUUCCAACAGGAUUUAUACGCAGGUAGACGGUGGAGACAGGAGGGACAGGAGAGGGUGCCGUCCUUGGUUGUUUAUCGUGCUCCGUGUUUUGCAUUAAAUAGGUCCGGCAAUAUGUGGAGCAUCUGCGAAUGUGGAGUUAUAUGGUGUGUUCUUCAACACUGAAGAUAUCAGCAGAAUAGAUUCCAGAGGGUCCAAUCAUUCAAAUAAUACGUAUGUUUAGAGAAGAGGCUCAAAUCAAUUACUGCACCAGCCACAAAAACGGGCCAUCAUGAGUGAUGUUCCCCCACAGACCGAUCUGCACAAUUUACACAACAGCUAAACCAGGCGACACUCAGAAUUACAUCGAUUAAGUAAACAAAAUGGCUGAACUAGAAGAAAACUCCACCUACGCUAACAUCACUGACAAGGUGAUUAGCGAGGGUGCCUGGACGGAUGAUUUAGUUUUGGUUUUGAAAGCUACAAUCAUGGGCUCAAUCAUUAUAGCUUCCAUUUUGGGAAAUCUUUUGGUUAUAGUCUCGGUCAUGAGACAUAGGAAAUUAAGAAUCAUUACUAAUUACUAUGUAAUAUCGUUAGCUUUAGCCGAUAUGUUGGUAGCUAUGUUCGCAAUGACUUUCAACGCGAGUGUGCAAAUAUACGAGGAGUGGAAGUUUGGAUACUUUAUGUGUGACGUUUGGAACUCUUUAGAUGUGUAUUUCUCGACGUCAUCUAUUCUACAUCUGUGUUGUAUCAGUGUUGAUCGGUAUUACGCUAUAGUGAAACCCCUUAAGUAUCCUCUUACAAUGACUAAAAACGUUGUGGCUUUUAUGAUCUUGAACACGUGGAUCAGUCCAGCUAUCAUUAGCUUUUUACCAAUAUUCAAAGGCUGGUACACUACCCCAGAAAACCAAAUAUUUAGAAGUAAGCAUCCUGAUAUAUGUGAAUUCGUCGUAAAUAAACCGUACGCAGUAAUCAGUAGCAGUAUAUCUUUCUGGAUACCGUGCACAAUCAUGAUCUUCAUGUACCUGUCUAUCUUUAGGGAAGCAAAUAGACAGGAACGCGAAAUGUACAAUAGACAUGGUGCUGCCUUGCUCUUGCAUCAAAAUAAUACCAACGGAGAUAUGUUGUCUAACUCUGGAGGGUCUUCGAAAACUCUAACGCACCAUGACAUCAACCAAGACCUCCACCACACGCCUACAAAAGAAAGGAACCUUUCUAAAAUGAAGCGGGAGCACAAGGCAGCUAGGACUUUAGGUAUCAUAAUGGGAACGUUCAUCCUGCUCUGGCUACCAUUUUUUCUUUGGUACGACACAGUGUAUCUCUGUGAUUCGUGCCGCGAACACUGUCCCCAAGAGGUAGUUUCUACAGUAUUCUGGAUAGGAUAUUUCAAUUCAACCUUAAACCCCAUUAUAUACGCUUACUUCAACCGAGACUUCCGAGAGGCAUUCAAGAACACGCUUCAGUGCGCCUUUUGCAGUCUCUGCAAAAGACCUCCCUCCGAAUUGGAUUAUAUAGAUCAUAGAAGACCUUCCAUGCGGCACGAAGAUAGAACGAGAAGUGUUUACUCUGAAACUUAUCUCAAACACGUGGACAGACGAUGUUCCGAGUUUGGGUCAAGUCUCUGAGUAGAUUUAACUAGUAGCAGACUCACUACCACUAGUUUUUAGAUUGGUAGUGGGACUGUUGCUAGUGUUUUUAGAGAUAUACUUAAAAACAUGGGCUUGUGGCUUGCAGUGAUGUGAUUUUAAAUAUAACAAAUGUUCGUCCAUAAUUUUUUGCAUAUAUAUAUAUACAGAGUGAGUUUUAUAUAUAGACCUCAACUAUCUCGGAAACAGCUUGUGAUGCGGCCGAUGUUAAGGUGGUAUAUACAUUGUUAUCACCCUGGAAUUCUUAUUUCAAAUGGUAUUCUAAUACAUUGUAUAUAUUUCGUGUUUAGAAGUCCUUAAUAAAUACUGAUUAUUUUCAUGUAAUAUUACCUAUAACUAAAUGCCAUAAUUUGAGAGUUAUUGCUGCAUUUAUUUAAAUAAUUUCUUGCACAAAUUAAAAAAUCAAUUUUUUCGGCACGGUCAGAUAUUGUUUUAGGUUAUUUGGAUCAUUCGGAAUACAAAAGUCUACCCUAAACUUGAUCGUUUUCGAGUUAAAAACAAAUAAUUAAAACUGAAAAAAAAAACGAUGACAAUUUUCAAGACUUAAAAUCACAGGUAAAAAAUAUUAUUUUUGAAAUUGACAUGUCUAAAUUCAAGUUAUAUCUUCUAUUCACCAAAUAUUCUUCUAUCAGCCCCCGAUAAGAAUUUUUGGUAUGUUUUAUUCUAAAACAUUGUUUUUUAAUUGUUAAUGAAGCGCUUAUGAAAGGAUAUACGAAGGCAUUAAUAACUAAAUCACAAUAUUUUAAAAUGAAAUAAUCCCAAAAUACUUAUCGGUAGCUAAUAGAAUAAGGUCUUGAUAAUUAACUUGACUUAAAGCACUUUUAAUUUCAAAAAUAAAAUUUCUUACAUAUAGGUAUGUCUUUUUUCAAUUUUAAAUUGUAUUUUUUUUUCUUUCUUUAUGGCCAUUUCGUAGUCAAUUAGCCUAUUUUAAAUUCGAAAAAUCGAAAACGAUAAACUUUAUUGAAAAAUUACAAAAGAACCUUUUUAUUCCGAAUGAUCCAAAAAAUCUAAAAUAUUAUCAGCUAGAGACGAAAAAACUGAGUUUUAAAAUAUGUUUAAAAAUAUUAUUUAAAUGAGUGUAGCAAUAACUCCGAAAUUAUGACAUUGAGCUUGAAUAUUACAAUCAGUAUUUCUUAAGGACUUCAAAAUGCAAAAAAAUAUAUAGGGCGUUCUAUUUUAAAUUUACUACUCCAGAAAGACAGAAGAUCUGACAACAACGUAAAUACCACCGGCCGUGUAGUAUCGGCCGCAUCACAGAACCCUCACACCCCAAAAUCUACAAAAACUUUGCAAGCCGUUUUUGAGUUAUUGAGGGUUUUAUAUAGGGUGUCCCAAAAGUAGCGGAACGGUCGAAUAUUUCGCGAACUAAACAUCGGAUAAAAAAACUGAAAAAUACGUGUUCAAUCAUUUUCAAAUAUCUAUCCAAUAACAUCAAACACCAAUCCCCACUACAUCCCCUGGAGGUGGGGUGGGGGUAACUUUAAAAUCUCAAAUGGAAACCCCCAGUUUUUCUUGCAAAUUUGGAUUCGUUACGUAAAAGUAGGCAACUUUUAUUCAAGACAUUUGUUAGAACUUUGGAUAGAUGGCGCUAUAAUUGGGAAAAACAAUUUAUCCUUAUACCAUAGGUAAAUUAUAGAAACGGUCUAAU